AUGCGCAGCAUCGCAGUCAUCGCCCUCAUGGGCCAGGUCGUCCUCGGCCAGCAGUUCACCAACUCGUCGACCUCGUCCACCACGUCCUCGACCACGCUAUCGACCCUCUCGACCUCGCGGACCUCCACCACGACGACGACAACGACCUUGAUCACCACCACGGACUCGAUCACCGAUGACGGCGGGUUGACCUUCCCCCCUGAAACCACGACGACGGAUACGACCGGGACGUCGACGACCGUGACGACUACCUCCACCAGCAGCUCGGCCUCGUCCACCUCCACGGUCUCUCCCAACCCGGCCAACUUCGGCGGCUUCACCCUCCUCGGCUGCUACGGUUCCCCUACCAGCUUCCCGGGCUUCACCCUGGCCCUGUCGGCAGAGUCCAUGACGAUCGACCGCUGCAUCACCACCUGCAACCCCACCGGUAGACGCUACGCCGCUCUCUUCGGCAGCGACUGCUUCUGCGGUGAUUCCAUCGACGACAUCAACGAGCCCCUCAGGCCCGAGGCGGAGUGCAACUUCCCUUGCCCCGGCAACCCCAGACAGCGCUGCGGUGGACGCUCCACUGCUCUCCUCAGGAACAAGCGCCAGAUCCUCCCGACCGACGUCCGCUUCACCAUCUACGUCCGCGUUGGCGGUGUUAUCUCCGUGUCCGGAACCGUCACCGUUACCGUAUCCACCGGUACCAACGGCGUCAUCGGAACUGCCACCUCUACCGCUACCCCCUCCCCCAACCCUUGCUUCAACGGCAAGUGCUUCGGCGUGCCGUGCUUCGGUCUGGACUGCUACAAGAAGUUUGUCGCCUACGGUGACUUCUGCGGCUACGACUUCCCUUGCUUCGGCCCCGACUGCAGGAAGCGCCUGGUGUGGGAGCACGGUGUCUGGCGCCCGGAUGCAUGCAACGGAUGGGACUGUGGCCGCAAGUUCAAGUGCAUCUCUGGCAAGUGCAAGGUCGUUGUCAAAGGCUCCGACUGGGACAAGGAGAAGAUCAUCUGCUACGGCAACAUCUGCAAGGUCCAGAAGUGCGAGGGUGAUGAGUGCAACAAGAAGUACGUCUGCAAGGACAAGUCUUGCGUUUUCGAGACCUGCCCCAAGGAGGAUGGCAACAAGAAGUGGGAGUGCGAGAGCGACAAGUGCAAGAUCGUCAAGCCCUGCGAGGACGACUGCCCCGAGCCCGCCCCACCUGGUCCUCUCCCUACCAUUGGCACCGCCUUGUCCAUCACCCGCACCCGCACCCGCGACAUCGAUAUCACCGUCCGCCCCGAGCCCACCUCUACCGACGAGGAUUCCGGCCGCCCCGGUCCUGAGAUCCAGCCUACCGACGAGCCUGCGAUCCAGCCUACCGACGAGCCCGUCGCCAGUAUCCUGCCCAUCCCUACCGACGAGCCUGAGAUCCAGCCUACCGAAGGGGCUCCCGGACCCGACGGUCCGGCCCCUACCGCCACCAGCACCGAGGGGACCCAGCCUUCCGUCGUUGUCGUCGCUGGAUCCAACAAGUUUGUCGCCAGCUUCGGUGCUCUCGCCUUCAGCGUCAUCGCCGCUGCCAUCCUCUUGUAA